GCGCGCGCCGACCAGCUCACAACCCAACCAGACCUGAACGCGCGCACACACAAUUGUGAGAUAAACCAUAUACAGACGAUAUCAGGACGAUUAUUUGGAUUAUAAAUGCCAUUGACAGAAACUGUUUGGAAUGAAAGUAUUGGCAGGUCCAGUUCAGAUAAUAAACACAAAAUGAGAGGUGAAGAAGCAUCUAGCACUGUCCUGCACAGACUGAUCCAAGAGCAGCUUCGCUAUGGAAAUCCCACAGAUGCCCACGCACUCAUAGCCAUCCAGCAGCAGGCCCUGCGACGAGGAGGAGGCAUUGGAGGAGCUAGUUCUCCACAGUCCUCAUCUGAGAGCCUUAGCCAGGAGGAGCCCCAUUCUCCUCAGCUCUCUGCCCGCCAAGAGCCCCAGGGUCAGGAGCACCGGGUGGACUACCAACAAUCUGAGAACUACACAACAUACCCCCACCAUGGCGAGAAGCUGCCCACCUAUGAACAAGCCAAGGCACAGUCCCAGUAUUUGGCCUCCCAGUGCCAACCACAAAGGGGCUGCUCACUACAGGACAAUGUAACCAAUCAGAAGCUCUGUGAGGAAGAGGAUAGCUGGGAUACAAAGCGGGGCCAUGCAUGUUCACUCAGUGAGCGGCUUCUGCAGCUCUCUUUAGAGCACAACACUAGCAAAUCUUCUGCCUUUGGCUCCUUCUAUAGUUACCCUCAGAUAUAUCAUGCGAACCAGCACUUUGAACAUAGCCAGCAAGGCUUGGAGAGCUAUAAGCAGGGUCCUCAUACUGAGUACCCAUUUGCUGUACAGCCACAAGGAUUCAUGCUAAGACAAGCUCUGGAGUAUGAUCAAUGUUACAGACCUCCACCACCAUUCCAUUCCCAGCACAACAGAAAUGUGCCAUCUACGCAGACACCAGAGGUUUGUCAUAUACUCUCCAAAUCACCCCUUGCUGGCAGGGAGGUCUUAGGUUGCAGCCGCAGUCAAAUGGAGAUGCUCAUGAAAGAGAAUAAGAGACUGAGACAAGAGCUGGAGGGACACUCUGAGAAAGCCCUCAAAAUUCAGAAGCUGGAACAAGAGAUCCAGAGGAUCUCAGAGGCCUAUGACACUCUGAUGCAGGGCUGUGCUAAAAGAGAAACCCUGGAGCAAGCACUGAGAAACAAGCUGAUGGGUGAGAUCAAGAGGCUGCAACAUUCAAACAUUCAAGCGGCAAAGGACGUUGAAGCUGCUGACCAGAACCAACACGUUAUUGUCAGGCUUCUUCUGCAGAAUGAAGAGCAGCAGCUGCAGUGUGCACGUCUGGAGCAGGAGGUGCAGCAUCUGCAAAACGAAGCAGAGAAGCAGCAGCGCAGGAGUGAGGCCCUGGAGACCACGCUGAAGUCCACACAGACGCACAGCCAGCAGCUGUGGAUCGAGCUGCAGCGGAAGAGCGCAUAUGUGGAGAAGGUUGAGCGUCUACAGGGGGCUUUGGCUCAACUGCAAGCAGCCUGUGAGAAGAGAGAAGGGCUGGAAAUUCGCCUGCGGACACGGCUUGAACAGGAACUGCGCAGUCUACGAAAUCAGCAGAGACAGCCUCAGCCAGUCAGUGGAAUGUCCCAUAUGAGUGUGUCCACUCUACAGGAGCUUCUGCGUGAGAAAGAAGAGUGCAUCCUGUCCCUGGAGGCUGACAAGACACGCUGGGAGCAGAAAUACUUGGAGGAGAAGACCAUGAGGGAGUUUGCGUUGGAUGCUGCUGCCACCGCUGCAGCUCAAAGAGACACCACCAUCAUCAACCAUUCACCCUGCCAUUCCUCCAACAGCAGUUUUAUUGAGGAGCUUCCAUCAUCUGAGCACAGGAACCAGGAGGUAGAGAACAGGAUUCGUGCUCUGUACACCCAGAUCCUGGAGAAGGACACAGUUAUUGACAUCCUAAAGAAGAGGCUGCAACAGGAGCAGGGGAAUGGAGAGUUAGGACGCCUCCGCCCAGCCACUUCUGUGCCCUCCAUCAGCACCUUACAUCACACUGAGACAUGCAUUGGCCAGGGCAAUGGGAAGAGUCAUUCAGAUGAACAGACAGCUGGUACGUCAUGUUCCAAACUCGCUCUGGUAGCAGCCCGGGGACAGUCUGAGCCAGUUUACUCAGAGAAACACACCACAGAUCAAGCCCCCACCACAGAGUCCAACUCCAAUAACAUGCAGCAACCAUCUCCACCUAUGGAUCUCUUCAAGGGUUUGGAUGAUAUGGAGGCUGAAGCAGUGGAGAUCUUCAUAUGAUGAAGAGCAAACACUUGGACAAAUGCAUGCCAGAUGAACUGCCCUGCAAAAUAUAUGCAUUUAACCUGUAUGAGAAGGUCUCAGAGAGAUUCAGACUAAAUGGCACCACACCACUAUAUUGUGUUGAAUCAAGCAAAUAGCAGAGCUGCUCAGAAGUCUCAUAUGAAUGAGGGAGCAGAGCUCUCCUCACACAAUAAACUGAAUGGAUGUUUUGUGCAGUCUGAAUGGAAAGUUUGUCAAUGUUCAAGAAUCCAGCAGGGUACAAACUCCCAAAUUAUCAACCUUUUGAGGGUUUUGGGGGCUACAGAAGACUGGCUAUCCUCCUGGCUAACUUUCUAUUGCUUACCUCUUUCCUCUGAAAAGAAUUCACCAAUGCAUUGUCCCUUCUCUCACCAGACCUGUGGUAACUUCACCACAUUCUAGUUUCAUUGACUUUCUCAUUGAGGCUGAGGCUCUCGCAUGUACUUUUUCCACCCCACCCUUAUUGAUUGUUAUAAAUGGGAACAUUUUUCUCAUGUUUUUCUAUUUAUGACAGCAACGCCCUUAAGCAAAGAGAUUAUUUUACAUUCUACACAGCAGGAGAGGCCUCGUUGCAUUUAUAUAAAUGAAAUGCUAAAUACUGCCACAUCAAUGCACAAGACAAAACAAAUUACAUAGAAGACUAAAAGAACUCUGUCAGAGAGAGUUUUUUUUUUUUUUUUUACUAUAUAAUAUACUAUUGCUUUCCUGUAUUUUGUUUUUGAAUGUGUAUGCUCUCAAAUAGCACCUUUGCUGGUCAAGGUGUCAGAGAUAGCAUUGUAUUAUGCUAUGAACAGCUGCAUUCUGUUGUUUACAGUUACUAUGUUUCAAAGUAAAUUGUUAAUAUAUUUUGUAACAUAUAUUUUGUGUUGUUGGAAUUUAAUGCUGAGGAUCGGAUGCCAAAAAGCAUUUCAGUAAAGUUGUGUGUUCCAAACACACGACCAAGGGUUGAGCUCUCCUAUUUAAUCCACGAAAGAUGUGAAUGUUCUGAAACAUUUCAUGAAUUCACAAUAAAACUAUUAAUAUAUAGAAAAAAAUGAAAUAUGCAUG